GUUUUGUUAUCAUUCACUUUCACCGUUGCCAUCACAAUUUAUUAACAACCACCAUGCCUUCUAGGGUUUCCAUUCUCUCUGUCACUGACAAUAAAACAGUCACAAUUCUCACUUUAUUCCACCAACUUUCUCUGAUUUACUCUAUAUCUUCCCCUUCAAUAAAUAAAUAAAUAAAUAAAAAGCAUGGUUCUUUGGUGCAACCAUGUCAAACACAGUUAGCUCUGUUCUCUGACCCAUUUCUGAAACCAAUGGAGGGUGUCUGUUAGUGUUAAAUUGGGGGUUCCUUGAUUUUUCAUCUGGAAUCUGAAUUUGGGUCUGCAUUUAUCUAAUUGGAAAAUUUUGGAUUUUUUUUUUCUGCAAAAUGAUUUCUUCUGGGGUUAACUUGGUGAUGACUGUGAUUGGGUUUGCGGUGAGCACCAUGUUCAUUGUUUUCGUCUGCACCAGGCUUAUCUGUGCUCGAAUUCACUUGAAUGCUUCAAGGAGAUCCUUUCUUAUUGCUUCCAGAUCCAAUCUCGGCAUGAUGGAGCGGGGUUGCCAUGGUCUUGAACGCAUAGCUAUAGCCAAAUUUCCUACAAAGAAGUACAGUGACAAGUUUUUUGCUGCGGCAGAAAAUUCUCAAUGUACAGUCUGCCUCUCAGAGUACCAAGGUGAAGAUAUACUGCGUAUCCUCCCCUAUUGUGGACACUCAUUCCAUGUUACCUGCAUAGACUUAUGGCUGCAACAGAAUUCCACUUGUCCCGUUUGUCGAAUAUCAUUGCGCGAAUUUCCUGAGAGAAAGCGAUCGAUGCAACCCUUGUUCAGUUCCGCUUUACAACCUCAUUAUGGCAUGGAAUCCUUUGACACUCAUCAUUAUCACUACAUGAUGGCUGAUAAUGGGUUAUCAUCAAGAACCCCUGAAAACCAUGGGGUGAACUCUAUACAAGAGGAUCAUUUUCCAUCUGAGGGUGGUGGAGCUGUCGCUAGGGACAAUAUCACCUGUUUAAGUCAGGGUGAUUUCAUUAAAGAUGAAAGGAAGAAGCAUGUAGAGAGCCCAUCAAAUUUCUAGAUUUGAUUUCUCUCUUGGAGAUUGGAGCUUCAAUGUGAUACUUUCGAAUCACAAAUUGAGUAAAGUUCAUGUGACAAAUCUGAAGUAAAAUGCAUUAGCAUGCUGAAGAAUGGUUCAUUUCUUUUUAUGUAUAUAUAGCAGAGAAUUUUCCCCACUCAUUAGGCCGCUUUCUUCUCCUUUGUUCUUUUUUUGAUCUUCAACACUUGCUAUGCUAGUAUUUUAGAUUUCUCUCUUUCUAUAUCUCUCUCUCUCUCUCUCUCUCUCUUCCUGGUUGUAAUUAGUUGUAAGAUUAGAAUUAGUUGAAGAAUAGCCGGAGCCGCAGUGUGCCUUUGCCCUUGCACAGACCAUUGUAUUAUUGCAGUUCAUGUACUGCUAUUAAUGUAUCUUGUAUGCUUUUUUGUCCAACAAUUUUCUUGUAUUUUUUUAAUACAU